UCCUGGGGACGAGAUCAAGUCGAUGGUUUCGCGCUGCCCGAGGCCGCUAGGGCGAGGCGGGCCUCGUCCCGGUGAACCUCACCGGGGAGGAUAAGGCCGGCCCCGCCGCCAUCAUGCUGCUGCCCGUGUUCACCCUGAAACUGCGCCACAAAAUCAGCCCCCGCAUGGUGGCCAUAGGGCGUUACGACGGGACUCACCCGUGCUUGGCGGCCGCCACCCAAGCGGGCAAGGUUUUUAUUCAUAACCCACAUAACCGGAACCAGAAUUUCAAUACGUCCAGGGUCUUCCAGAGCCCCCUGGAGUCUGAGGUUUCUCUUCUUAACAUUAAUCAGGCUGUCAGUUGCCUAACUGCAGGAGUAUUGAACCCUGAACUUGGAUGUGAUACACUUUUAGUGGGUACACAGACUAAUCUUUUGGCUUAUGAUGUCUACAAUAAUUCAGAUCUGUUCUACAGAGAGGUUGCAGAUGGGGCAAAUGCCAUUGUGCUGGGGUCAUUGGGAGACAUUGCCUCUCCUCUGGCAGUUAUUGGUGGGAAUUGUGCUCUGCAAGGUUUUGAUUAUGAAGGAAACGAUCUCUUUUGGACGGUUACAGGAGACAAUGUUCAUUCCUUGGCCUUGUGUGACUUUGAUGGUGAUGGAAAGAAAGAGCUUCUAGUUGGAUCUGAAGAUUUUGACAUCCGAGUUUUUAAGGAAGAUGAAAUUGUGGCAGAAAUGACAGAAACAGAGAUAAUCACCUCUCUGUGCCCCAUGUAUGGCAGUCGAUUUGGUUAUGCCCUUUCCAAUGGCACAGUUGGAGUUUAUGACAAAACAGCUCGAUACUGGAGAAUUAAAUCCAAAAAUCAUGCCAUGAGCAUUCAUGCUUUUGACCUUAAUUCUGAUGGAGUGUGUGAACUGAUAACUGGUUGGUCCAAUGGGAAGGUCGAUGCUCGAAGUGACCGAACUGGGGAUGUCAUCUUUAAAGACAACUUCUCUUCUGCCAUUGCUGGGGUGGUAGAGGGAGAUUACCGGAUGGAUGGCCACAUACAGUUAAUCUGCUGCUCAGUGGAUGGGGAAAUCCGGGGUUAUCUGCCAGGCACUGCUGAGAUGAGAGGGAACCUCAUGGAUGCCAGUGUAGAGCAGGACCUGAUCCGAGAGCUGAGUCAGAAAAAGCAAAAUCUGUUGCUGGAGCUCCGCAAUUAUGAGGAAAAUGCCAAGGCUGAACUGAGCAGUCCACUGAAUGAGGGAGAUGGGCAGAGGGGCAUAAUCCCAGCCAAUACCAAGCUCCACACUACUCUCUCAGUCAAUUUAGAGAGCAAAACCCAAGCUGCACAUGCAGAGCUGUGCAUUUCCACUUCCAAUGACACAAUCAUCCGAGCGGUAUUGAUUUUUGCAGAGGGAAUUUUUGUAGGUGAAAGCCAUGUGGUCCAUCCCAGCAUCCAUAACCUCUCCAGUUCUAUCCGUGUCCCAAUUAUGCCUCCCAAAGAUGUUCCUGUGGAUCUGCACUUGAAAACCUUCGUGGGUUACAGAAGCAGCACCCAGUUCCAUGUAUUUGAAAUGACGAAACAGCUUCCCCGGUUUACCAUGUAUGCACUCACUAGUCCAGACUCUGCUAGUGAGCCCUCGAGCUACGUGAACUUUAUCAUUGCAGAACGAGUACAGAGGGUGGAUGAGUAUCAUUCAGUGCAUCAAAAACUCAGUGCUGACAUGGCUGACAAUUCUAAUCUGAUCCGAAGUUUGCUGGUCCGAGCUGAGGAUGCACGUCUAAUGGGGGACAUGAAAACAAUGAAAAGUCGCUAUAUGGAACUCUAUGAUCUUAACAAAGACUUGCUAAAUGGAUAUAAAAUUCGCUGCAAUAAUCACACAGAACUGUUAGGAAACCUUAAAGCAGUAAAUCAAGCAAUACAAAGAGCAGGGCGUCUACGUGUUGGAAAACCAAAGAACCAAGUGAUCACUGCUUGUCGGGAUGCCAUCCGAAGCAACAACAUCAACACACUGUUCAGAAUCAUGCGGGUGGGUACAGCGCCUUCGUAGAAGAUGAGGCAAUAGAAAAGGAACAGUAACUUGGAAAAGUUUUCUCUAUCUAAACAUCUAUACUGGUUUGCCAUGCAUAAAUCCUGGUGACCUCUGGGCACUGUGGGUGAAAUGUUGGUGAGUAUACAGACUAAAGACAAAGCAUUACAUUUCUAUCUUCUGUCAUAGCACAAUUGCUGAUAGCAGUAGAUUUGUAUGAGGGAGUGUGAAUACCUCGGAAACAUCAGGGCUUCAGAAGCUCAAUUUUUAAUGUAAAAUCGCUGUAAGACUAGGUCCUUUUUCUUGACAUUGUAAUUCAAUAAGUGGAUUGUUUACUUUUUCAUUAAAAUUAAAAGGCAUUAGUCUUUUUUGUUGA